AUGAAACUUCUUCUAUUUCUAUGCGGAUUUGCGGUUAUGGUGCGAGCGACUGAACCUGAACCGAAAUAUGUGGGGAUGAAUGAUGUCGGUGUCGCAGAUAAAGGGCAGGCAAUUUUUACUGAUGGCCUGUCAUCCUGUGUAACCUGCCACGGCGAAGGCCAGAACGAUAAAGGCGAGACCAAACAGGUCCUGGCCCAUGUUGGGCCCGGCCGAAUCGAUAACGUCAUGGACGAAUUUAAUUCCGCGGUCAAGGAUAACGGCCUGAAACCAGAGACCAUGAAAUACACCAUCACCAAACCUGGACCCGACUACGUUGAAAAGCAAAUGAAACUCGACCCAGUUUACAAACAAGGCGUGGAGGGAUCAGGUGGUAGUGGCAACCACCAAAAAAUUGUCGACAUAGCGGCGCAAGCUGUGGAAAACCGAAUAAUCCCAUCAAAACAGGGAGAUGGAACAAUCAAGCCAGGAGAUGAACAAGGGACGACAAACCCGGAUGGAAUCAGAUUGAGUCAGUUCUCGGGCAAGAUGCGGAAACACCAGAGCGACUUUCCCGCUAGCACUAACCCAGUCGAUGAUAAAUAUACGGUGCAGGCAGAUGGAACACACUAUGUCCAAGACAAGCAUUUGCCGGGCAGCGGCAAGAGCAGCCAAGCUGACUUUCAGCCAAACCCGAAUCCUCACCCGCCAGCACCUAAAGAUACAGAUAUACUUUCAUGCGACAUCAGCCUGGGUCCUCGUGGUAUCCUGACGAAGCGGUGUCGCGUUCCGAGCCAGAAGCAGGAUACUCGGAAGAAAGAUCAGAGCACGGCAAAUGGCGCGAAGCAGAAACAAAAAAAUCAUUCAAGCAAGGUGGCGAACGCAAAAUCAAGGAAGACACCCAAUAGUACGCCAGGGAAAAACCAAGCAAAAAAGUCUGUGGGCCAGAAGCUUGGAAAAGCAACCAAGGGUUCUGGGAAGAAGAACUCUCCCAGUUCUAAGGGUGGGAAAAAGCAGCCUGCGAAGAUCCCUACUGCGAAGAAGACUACAACCGGAAAGAACAAUAUUGGCGAAAAGAAACAUACCACUAAGGGAGCUGUCAAGGGGCAUAAGUCGGGACACAACGCAGCUACAAAGCAAAAAGGUGCUGGAAGGAAAGCUGGUACCAAUAAGAAAAAAGCUGUGACAAAGAAGCCUACCUCUUGGAAGAAGACUGCUGGUAGAAAUAAUGUUGCUAAAAACACAAAGAAGCCCUCUCUCAUCAAGGGAAAGAAGAUGCCUCAAAAGAGACCUACUACCAAAAAAACAGCAUCAAGUAAGAAACCUGCUCAAAGGAAGCAUAACAAGCAGUCUAAUCCAAAGAGACAGGGGGCGAAAAAGGCAGCUACUAAGCAAACAACUCCCAGGAAGGCUGCCGCCAAAAAAGUAGCAACCAAGAAGGCUCCCUCUAAGACACCGACAGCCAAGAAGGCUCCUGCUAAGAAAACAGCAGCCAAGAAGGCUCCUGCUAAGAAAACAGCAGCCAAGAAGGCGCCUACUGCUAAGAAGGCGCCUACUGCUAAGAAGACACCAGCAGCCAAGAAGGCGCCUACUGCUAAGAAGGCUCCUGCUAAGAAAACAGCAGCCAAGAAGGCUCCUGCUAAGAAAACAGCAGCCAAGAAGGCGCCUACUGCUAAGAAGGCGCCUACUGCUAAGAAGACACCAGCAGCCAAGAAGGCGCCUACUGCUAAGAAGGCUCCUUCUAAGAAAGCAGCAGCCAAGAAGGCUCCUGCUAAGAAAGCAGCAGCCAAGAAGGCGCCUACUGCUAAGAAGGCACCAGCAGCUAAGAAGGCGCCUACUGCUAAGAAGGCUCCUGCUAAGAAAGCAGCAGCUAAGAAGACACCAGCAGCCAAGAAGGCACCAGCGGCUAAGAAACCAGCAGCAGCCAAGAAGGUGCCUACUACUAAGAAGGCUCCUCCUAAGAAAGCAGCAGCUAAGAAGACACCAGCAGCCAAGAAGACACCAACAGCCAAGAAGACACCAACAGCCAAGAAGACGCCAGCAGCCAAGAAGGCACCAGCGACUAAGAAACCAGCAGCAGCCAAGAAAGCACCUACUACUAAGAAGGCACCAGCAGCCAAGAAGGCGCCUGCUGCUAAGAAGGCUCCUUCUAAGAAAGCAGCAGCCAAGAAGACACCAGCAGCCAAGAAGGCACCAGCGGCCAAGAAGGCACCAGCGACCAAGAAACCAGCAGCAGCUAAGAAAGCACCUACUGCUAAGAAGGCACCAGCAGCCAAGAAGACACCAGCAGCCAAGAAGGCACCAGCGGCCAAGAAGGCACCAGCAGCCAAGAAGGCGCCUACUGCUAAGAAGGCGCCAGCAAAGACAACAGGAAGGAAGUAA